UCAAAACGAGAAGAAGCGAAUACUAAGUAAAAAUUUGUGCUUGAUUUAUUAUUGCCUAACUGCAAAAUUUAUUAAAAAUAGCAAAAUCUAUAAAGUUUUGCCGGUUUAUUGUAAAAUGUCACCAAUGCUAAAGUGGCGGAUAUGUAUUGACAUUUGUUUUAAUUGCUUGUUCCAAGUGUAGACUCAUCAGCUGUGUGAAUACCACAUCAUCACUGAUAGUAGCAGUUUCAGUCGAUUAUAGUUUUGAACAUCACCUUUUAUAGGACUAUCAGUAGCCGCAAAGGUGUUUCGCCGUCGCAAAAGCUCCUGAGGGGAACGUUUACAAAGUUUCUGAUAUCAAUACCCACAAUUUGCCUAAUAGGCAGUGUCAGUGCCAGUGGGAGUUGGGCUUAUUACGAUGGCAGACACUGGAAAUAAUGAAGGGGAAACACCUGCCCAACCGCCGUCACCACCCCAACAGCAGCAACCACAGCCGGCCGCAAAUAAUCCCAAUGCAAACGUGAAUGUGCCGAAUAUUGCAAAUGUUUGGAAUGUUGAUUUAACUGCGAAUCCAUUUAAUUUUAAUAAUAAUCGAAAUCGUGGUGGGCAAAAUAAUUUAAUGAAUGUGCGCGACCGGCUCUUUCAUGCAAUUUACUUCAAGGUUGCUCUUAUGUAUGCUCAAGUAUUUCCCAAGCCUCUUCAACGAGCUCUGGAGUACUUAAUUUUGCUCAAAGCAUUGCUGUUCUUUUUUGCUCUGGUAUAUAUUCACUUAACGUUCAUUAAAAACCCCGCUACAUGUCUGCAGAACGUCAAAGAUUGGCCGCGGGAAGGAGUCUUAAGAGUUGAAGUCAUUCCAAAUUUGGAGAAGCACCGUGAUUUGUUGUCAAAAACCAAAGCCAACGAGCAGUUAGUACGUUACCUACAAAAUUACUACCAUUAUGGUAUCGGCCCUCAAACUAAAGUGAAUCAUUAUCGCUUAAAAGAGUAUGAACGCAAACUAACUCGCGCUGGCUACCAAUUGCGACCUACUUUUACUUAUGCAAAUGAAACAUUAAUUUACUAUUUUAAAACAGAGGCGAUAUCUGAACAAGCUUUGGCGAAUAGUGCCGAAGAUAAGAUAGAAAAACAUGAAAACGACGAUGAUGAGCAGUAUAUUGUAGAAUAUUCGUUAGAAUAUGGGCACUUACGUCUAUCAUCAUCAACGCGCAAGCGGUUGAAAAUCCCGGUACGUGUUGUUCAAUUGGACCCGAUGACUGACAAGUGUUUUGGUGAUAAAUUUAGUAAAUUUUUGCUUAAACAGCUUUUAGGAUAUGAUGACUUAUUGAUGGCGUCGGUGCGUGUUAUCGCAGAGAAAGAGGAUAAUAAAGGAUAUCUACGAAAUGUUAUAACUGGCGAGCACUACCGGUUUGUUUCCAUGUGGUGGGCUGCUUGGAGUUCAUAUCUGACUGCAUUUUUUGUAAUGGUGCUUUUUACGUUUUCCAUUUCGAUGCUUUUACGAUUUUCUCAUCACCAAAUUUUCGUAUUUAUUGUUGAUCUUUUGCAAAUGUUGGAAUUCAAUGUAACUGCGCGUUUUCCUAUCGCUCCAUUGCUCACUGUCAUUUUAGCACUAGUUGGCAUGGAGUCGAUAAUGUCUGAAUUCUUUAACGACACAACAACAGCGUUUUAUAUUAUAUUGAUCGUUUGGGUGGCUGAUCAGUACGAUGCGAUUUGUUGUCAUACAAGUAUUACGAAACGGCAUUGGUUAAGAUUCUUUUAUUUGUACCAUUUUGCUUUCUACGCUUAUCACUACCGCUUUAGUGGACAAAACCGCAGCUUGGCAUUGUUAUCCUCUUGGUUAUUUAUACAGCACUCCAUGUUUUAUUUUUUCCAUCGUUACGAGCUGCCUGUCAUUAUUCAACAAGCGCAAAUACUUAUCAUAACAAACAAUCAGAAUGUGGCAGGGAACGGCCCCCAACAGCAGCAACAAUUGCAGGGCCAGGGACGACCUGCUGCUAUUCUUAUGGGUCGACUAUUUCGGCGCCCGGCUCAGCAGCAACAGCAGCACCAACAGCUUAUUGAUGCUCUUCGAAAUCAGCGACAGAUACCAUUUGUUGGUGGCUUGCUACAGCGGCGUGUCGGAGCUGUGGACACCCUACGCCGCACGCUGCUCCAACGUGGCUGGAUUGGAGCGCCACGUGUCCGCGUGCAAAUCGCUAAUUUGCAACGCAUCAAUUUGCGUUCUAUUCAAAUAAAUCCCGCAAAUCUGGGCGCAGCCACUGCCGCCGCUGAUUCAACAGGCGAAGCCGCAACAGGUGGUGCUGGGAAUGGCAGCGAUGGGACUGAUGGUAAUGUUACCAUAACACAGGUAUCAAACACAGAUAGUUCAACAAGUGGUGCAACAGAAAGUAGUGCAAACGGUGGCAGCGGUCAAACCAUUGGCAUAACAAUCUCUUUUAAUGCACCAACCGAAGGUGACGUAGAUGCAAGGUCUACAACUGGAAUGAGCAAUGACGAGCCUACUCCUCUAGCAACUACUUCAUUGGACGCGAUGUCAGCAGACGCUACGGCAAAUGCUGCAACUGAAACACAGUCAGCAUCAACAACAAUAACAGGUGUGGGAUGUGUGGAUUCAAAUGAGGGUCAAGUAGACCAGAAUGACGCAAACUUCAAUGCCCCAGUGACAUUACCGGAAAACUACAAAAACAUUAGGAAAGAGUCUCUUCCAAGUUCAAUAGAAAGCCAAUCAAAACUAGACACCAAUAAAGAGUCAAUACUUAACGAAGAAAACAAAAAUACAGACGAUUCCCUGUCAUCUGGUAGUUUUGCAAUUGCUAAUGGCUGUGCAACGACAGAAAACUUAGUGGACGAACUAUCGCCAGUGCGUGCCACGAGUGUAAGCACGGAGACGCAGAAUACUGAAAUUUCGAAAGAACUGUUGGCUGCGAAUGAAUUACUUGAAGAGUCACCUCAAACUGUCCAGAGUGCCCAAGAGGUGGUGGCAAUAUUAAACACGGCAAUACCGCAACCUUCGCUUUUGCCAAGAGCAGCUAUUAAUCAGCAGCCUUCAGAAUCAAUAUCGUCUACGACCAUAUUGACAGCUGCAACAUCACCAAUCAGCCUUGCCGCCCCCCAAAACACACAGCCAGCAUCAAUGCACGCAAGUCCAAGUGUGGCGAGUGUUGUUCCAAUUUCAUCCUCAUCACUGAUGGCAUCUGCACUAAAUGACAAUUUUGAAGUUAAUGAUGGUAAGGACAGAAGCGGUUCAGCAAAUAUAAAAUUAGUUAAUCAACUAAAUGCGACUAACGAUUCGACAACCGAAACGCAAGCGAUAGCGGCAUCAAGUGAUCCCGAUGGCGACUAUAAUCCUCAGGAAACACCAGCAGCAAUGUGCGAUGUGUCUUUAAAAUAAAUGCAAUUUACUUACGGCUAAUGACUGAAAAGUGAGUGAUGGAGUUGUGCUCACGAGAGUAUUAGCCAAGCGACAGAUACGAACCGAGAAACCUAAAAUUUUAGUUCAUUUAUGUAUGUAUAUGUAGGUGUGUAUGAAUUAUAAAAUACUUGUUGUAUUAGGCUUUUUUAUUAGCGGUUAAUUUGUAAAAUAUUUUAAACAAUUAAGAGAAGAAAAAUUUGCUUAAAAUAAUAUUUUUUCAAUUCA